AUGUCGGGUUACCGCGCCCCCAACCCGCCCCACCAGCUCCCCUUCCCCCCCUCCGUCAAGCCCCCCUUUUCUGCUUCACUCGAUUACCACACCUUCGCUUCUCCCGACCGCCGCUCGCCGCCUGAUCACCCCGAGGGCAUCACCGUCAGGCCUCCAUUAAAGCGGAAGAUUGAUGUGGCGGCAGGUCAUGAUGAGCCUACUGAUAGGACUGCCGCUCCUGAGCACAAUGAAGCGGUUAAUAGCCCACUACAAACUCCUGCUCCAGUCAAGGCGGGAAAGGCAAACAAAGCAUCCAGGCUUUCAAACCUCAAUAAAUCUGGACCGCAGACUCCUGCUUCCAACGUUGGCUCUCCUUCUGGUGGUAAUCAGACUCCUGCCGGUACUUGUCGUUUUGACAGCUCAUUAGGUCUUUUAACGAAGAAGUUUAUCAAUCUGAUCAAACAUGCUGAAGAUGGUAUUCUGGAUCUUAAUAAAGCUGCUGAUACUUUAGAGGUACAAAAGAGACGGAUAUAUGAUAUAACAAAUGUUCUCGAAGGUAUUGGCCUCAUAGAAAAGAAGCUGAAAAACAGAAUUCAGUGGAAGGGACUUGAGGCCACGAGGACUGGAGAAGGAGGUGAAAACUAUGAUGGUUUGAAGACACAAGUUGACAAUUUAUCUACUGAGGAGGGCAGAUUGGAUGAGCAAAUAAGAGAAAUGCAGGAAAAAUUGAGCGAUCUCAGUGAAGAGGAAAGCAAUAAAAAGUGGCUUUUUGUCACUGAAGAAGACAUCAAAGCGUUACCUUGCUUUCAGAAUGAAACCUUAAUAGCAAUUAAAGCUCCCCAUGGCACUACUCUUGAAGUCCCAGAUCCUGAUGAGGCUGUUGACUAUCCCCAAAGGAGAUACAGGAUGGUCCUGCGAAGCAUGAUGGGUCCAAUAGAUGUUUACCUUGUCAGUCAAUUUGAGGAGAAGUUCGAGGAGAUUAGUGCUGCUGAAGAGCUUAAAAAUAUCCCCUCAACUUCAGGGUUAAAUGAAAUCUCAGCUCCAACAAUGGUCACCGAGGAGAGGGGUAAAGAAGUUGAAGUACAGGAACAAGAAGAUCAUAGAGUUUGUGCCGAUCCCACUGCUGCUUCCCAGGACUUCAUGAGUGGGAUCAUGAAGAUUGUUCCUUCAGAUGUUAAUAGUGAUGCAGAUUACUGGCUUUUAUCAGAUGAUGCUACUGUUAGCAUCACAGAUAUAUGGAGAACAGAAACUGGAGUUGAAUGGAAUGAGUUUGGUGCACUUAAUGAAGAAUAUACCAUGGGUAAUGUCACACCACGAGCCCAAACUCUGUCAUCGAGUGCUACAGAAGUAGCAGCGCCCACCCAUCCCCACUAGGAGUACCAAUCUAGAAAUGAAAUAAUUUAUAAUGGGAUCUAAUUGAAGAUAGGCCGAAUUGUUUCCAAAGAACCUGUGAUGUACAAUAAUCUCAUUCUCAAGGUUGGAUGAAAGGUUCUGAGAGCGAUGAUGGAAUGUUACCUGAAGAUCCAUGUGCAGUAGUAGGAAAGUAGAUGCAGGUGGCUAGAUGGUUGUACAGUAAUUUUUAUAAAUCAUACUCGAUAAAUGUGAUUUAGUGGUACGGCUUAUGUUCUUCCACCCCUGUAUAUUAGUAUGUUGUAUCAUAAGUAGGCAAAUGCUCAAGUCUGGAUAUCAUUUUAUAGAGAAGUUUCAGUGGCGUGAGGAUCCAGAAAUGAAAAAGGGAUUCUUCUUCUUGCUC